AUGGAGCUGUUCUAUGAGAAAAUCGAUAAACAUAUCGAAAAUUUAAGUGAGAAAUUUCGGUGUAAGUUUGUUAUCACGAAAGUGGUUUAUAACGACAUCGUGUUGGUGCUGAAAGAUGGUUCCGGUGAGGCCCAGUUUAAAUUUUGGGUUUUCAAGCACUUUAAAUUGGUGACUAUUGGAGAAUUACAAGUUGUGUAUGGCAAAAAAUCAAAUAAUCCGGUAAUAACUUAUGAACAGUUAUACGCAACGAUUAAAGAAUGCCAUGAAAGAGUAGGACAUCAUGGACGUGAUAAGACAUGGAAUGAGGUGAAGCAGCAGUAUUGUUGGAUUCCAUUUGAUGUAGUGGUGAUUUUUCUUUCGCUGUGUGAUGUAUGCUCGAAUCGAAAAGGAUUUCCAAAGCCAAUAACUGAUAAGCCUAUUGUUUCAAUUGGUUAUCUCACACGGUUACAAAUAGAUUUAAUCGACAUGCGAAGUGUUCCUGAUGGUGAAUUUAAAUGGAUCCUUCAUGCUAAGGAUCAUUUCACGAAGUAUUCAUGGACGUAUCCUCUUAAAACAAAGGAAGCUCAACCUGUAGCUGAAACUCUACUUCAGCAAUUCUAUGCUUUUGGACCUCCGAGGAUAUUGCAAUCAGAUAACGGGAAGGAGUUUGUAGCGCAAGUCAUCAAAGAUUUGAAAAAUAUCUGGUCGGAUUUGGUAAUCAUUAAUGGCAGACCCCGUCACCCCCAAACACAAGGUUUAGUGGAAAGAGGCAAUCAAACUUUAGAAGCAGCAUUAGGAAAAUGGAUGCAAUCUAAAGGUUCAUCUGAAUGGUCUAAAGGAUUAGCACCGGUUGCCUAUGCAAUCAAUACUAGUGAAGCUCAGACGAUCGGCAAAACGCCGUAUGAGGUCGUAUUUGGUCAAAAGCCUCGUUCCGACUUCGAAAUGUGGAAGUUAUUGAGUGAAAAUGGCAUAGAAGAUGAGGAAAAGCUUCCAAGAGAAAUUAUGGAAGCCUUAAAUGAAAAUGUUUGCAGUGAACUUGUAACUGUUAAUCCUACUCAAGCUGUUGCUGAGGUACCUGCAGGUGUUUCUAUCUCUACUGCAAAUAAUAUAACCUCACUAACUAAUGCCACCAUAUCACCUAAUUCAAUAGCUGGUGUUGAAGCAUCUGAAUCCAUAUCACCAUCGAAUUUCGAAUCAAAUAAAGAAAAAGACACAGAAGAAAAUGAAGUUGCUAAAUGUUGUGCUGAAAUAGAUCAUGAAGAAGUUGUAUGCUUUUCGACUUUGGCUUCAACUAAUAGUAUAGAUAACAAUAGUGCUGAGGAUGACAGCUCAGUAAUUAGCAGACAUAAACAGAUAAGAGAUGAAGCAGAAGAAUGCUACAUGCAAUCAAUUGCGAAAAGACAAAAGAAAUAUGAUGAGACUAUCAAGUUAAGACAAUACCAACUUGGAGAUGUAGUCGGUCUGAAGAUCGAUAAAGUCGACAGAACCAACACGACACCGAAAAUUUUACCAUGCAAGGUUAUUUCAAUACAAUCAUCAAACGAUAAUACGAACAUUUAUCAUCUCUGCACCACAAAAUGUAUUCUGUCUACAAAAUACACUGCUCCUGAUCUUAUUGAUUUAACCAAAUGCAAUUUUUCUGAAUUACGAGCUAUUGAUUCACAAACAUUACCAUUACAAACAUUUAUUCAAGCUUGUAAGGAUUAUGUUAGUACCGGAUCUAAUCCAGUAGUUGAAGCAUGUACCUGCAAUGGAAAUUGUGCUACAAAAAAGUGCCCAUGUAAAGCAGCUAAAGUGCAAUGUGCUUCAAAGUGUCAUCCUGCCAAAAAACAGCCUUGUUCAAAUAUCUAA